AUGAUAGUAGAAAAUUUUCAAACUGAUCUCUUUUCUCGAUCUAUAGGUAUUUUAAUUUUCUUAAUUAAUAUGGGUUAAUUUGAUUAUAAUCUAUACUUUAUCUACAUACCUACUUAAUUGAAAGUUGAAACCUUCAAAAAUCUUCUAAAGCAUGUAUAUAAAAUCUUACUGAAACAUGUAGAAGGAAUGUGCAGUAACUGCAGUAGCGUACUAGCCAAGGGAGGCGAAGGGGGCCAUCAUCCCCCUUACGAGCGAAAAUUUAAAAUAUAACAUGCAAAAAUAGACGUUUUUUGGAUCGAUUUUUUCGAAAAAAUUUCGCUCUCGGUUCGCUCAAGCAGUAGGUAAUUUUACUCUCAUUAUUAUGAAAUCAUCACAUGUCACGAAAGGUUUUCUGAAAAUUACCUCUAAUUUUUUACUUUUCAUUUCUAAAAAUCUGAUUUAGCCCCCUACUUGAGAAAAUUCUGGCGACGCCACUGGGAGUGUGUAAUAUAUUGUACUUUCUUCGUACCUAGUCGAUUAAAACAUUUCUUCGUGCAACGUAAUAAUGUAUAUCGGUCAAUUCGUGUGUAUUUUAGUAAAUUUGUAUAUUUUUGAUGCGACCAACUACAGCUUCCAGUCAUUAGAAAGAUUUAAAUUCAAUCAAAACCAGACAGAAUAUGUUAUAAAUAUAAAAAAUCAGAUUAUGAAACUUGAUGCCAACUUAUCCAAAGUGAAUAGCGCCUUGAAACAAAAAGAAGCCAUCAUAAUACAGAAAGAAAGAGAAAUCAGUGAUCCUAUGUCGGCAAUCAACCGAUGGUCCCUUCUGAUAAAUUUUACAAUCUUCAAAAACAGAGUAAAAUAUUAUGAUAAUUUGCUUCGUGAAGUCGCAUUUUUACAAAUUUGUCCUCAAUUACUACACACCAUGAAAGAUCUGCUUAAUAAUGAUACAAUUGAUACAGCUCGAUUCAAAAAGAAAGGACCAAAUUUGUAUCAAACGAUUUUCAACGAUACUCAUGCAAUAUGCGGUAAAGAACGGAAACAUAUUAGAUUCGAGUUCACUAGAAAACAAACAUGGGCCAUUUACAUACAUUGGAUGGUAUUUCGCGUAGACGAUUCCGAGCUUAAUAACCUUGCCAAUUCGUCACAUCCUUCAGUAUCUAAAUGCUUCGCAUCGCUGCAAACCUCCUUCAAAUAUCAGAUACACAGAACAUCGCCAUAUUCUUCAGUUUCUAAAUGCUUAGCAUCGUUGCAAACCUCCUUCGAAAGUCAGAAACGCAGAACAUCUUUGAAGGACGUAAUCUCGGAAUUGUAUUCGUUUUGGGAAGCACGAACAUCGCUCAUGACUUUUCUGAGUAGGCAAUUUCAUAAAUGGAAGGCGAUCAUUGCUGAAGUCAACGUCGAUACAGUCCAUUAUGGUGAUAGUUAUUUUUUACGCAGAUUGCUACCUGAUGUAGAAAUAAAUAAUGAAUUCCUCAGUCUCGCAAUUUGGCUGAUGUUUCGAAUCAAUUAUGCCGAAGAUGUCGAGCUCUUUAAUGAGUAUAAUUGUACUGAACUCGCGGAUUAUGUUUACAAAUUGAAUGCAGUGUUGAAUUAUGCCUAUGAAAUGGGGGAUGCAAUGGAUAGUUCGUGGAGUAAAGUGAAUUCGAAUCUAAAAGAGGCUUACGAUGUUAUUACGGUUCUGGAAGGACGUGCUUUUCGUGCGUUGAAAUUGGAUAUUUUUAUGGAUAAUGGAUUGGAAAAAACAUGUUUUCGAGCCAUAUUAGAUAGUAAGCCGUUUAAUAAAACUCUUCUUGAAAUGUACACCAUGGGUGCCAUGUUGCCAGAAUCGAAAGAGAACGAUUUAAUAUUAGUAUAGAUAUGAAGUACUAUUUACAUUCGCCUAAUUACUCACCUUGAAAUACAAAUUAGUUUUCUGUUACCUACUUUACGUUUUAACAAUCUAAAAAUAUGUACAAACCUACUUAUUGCUACUCGCAGUCAAUAUAGGUACCUAUUAAACAUUGGACCAAAUUCAGCAAAAAACUUCAUUUUGGGUAGAAAGUUACCCAAAAAAAUUUUUAGCUCUGAAGAUGCCUCUGGAGGUGCACAAAUAUUUCUCAUUAAUUAAGCCAAAAUAUUGAAAGGUGAUAUUCCCGAAACUGGGGAAAUAUUUUGUGAAGUAAAAGUGCCAAUUUUUUUGACAUUACUACCAAUUUUAAAAAAUUUAGAAAAAUAGCCUAAAACUUAUAGAAAAUUUUCGAUAGUUCGUAGUUUAACUUCUAAUAUGUCGACCUAGGUACCAAUCGACUUAUUAAAAUUCUUUUCGCAAGGAAUUUUCUCGAAGACGAAGAGAGUUACAUAAAUGAGAGAUCUGCUUAUAAGAGUAGAAAACUUUCAAACUAAUCUCUUUUCUCAAUCUAUAAUAUUUCAAUUUUCUUAAUUAAUGUGAGUUAGUUUGAUAAUAAUCUACACAUUAUCUACAUAAUUGAAAGUUGAAAACCUUCAAAAGUCUUCUGAAAGGAUAUGUAUACAAAAUCUCAUUGAAACACGUAGACGGAACGUACAAAGGCGUAGCCAAGGAGGGCGAAGAAAGCCACUGCCUCCCCGCCCCCUCCUUUCGAGCAAAAAUUUAAGAUACAAUAUUUAUGCAAAAAUAGACUUUUUUUGUUUUUUGAACUCAUUUUUUCAAAAAAAUGUCGCUCUCGGUUUCCCUGAUCGAGCGGUUAUUUACCUUCAUUUUCAUUAAAUCAUCACGUAUCCCUAUACUUUUUUUUUGAAGGCAAAUUUCGUCUUUUGAUUUCAAUUUUUUAAUAUUUCUUGACUUGAGACUUAUAUCUAGCUAUAUUUUAUGACGUCACCCCUGGGAAGUGGGAAUUGUACAUGGUUGAUGAAAACUAAACAUUUCUUCGUGCAACGUAAAAUGUACACAAUCGUUCGAUUCGUGUGUGUUUUAGCAAAUUUGUAUAUUUUUGAUGCGACUAACAACUAUAGCUUGCAGUCAUUAGAAAGAUUUAAAUUCAAUCAAAACCAGAGAUAUUAUGUUAUAAAUUUGAAGUAUCAGAUUUUGGAACAUAAAGCCAACCUAUCCCACAAAAGUUUCGCUUUAAAACGAAAAAACUUCACUAUAUGGCAGAAAGAAAGAGAAAUCAAUGAUUCUAAAUCAAAAGUGAAACAAUGGUCCAUUCUAGCAUCCUAUACAAUCUUUAAAAGCAGAGUAACAUUUUACGAUAAUUUGCUUGGUGAAGUCGCAUUUUUACAAAUUUGUCCUCAAUUACUACACACCAUGAAAGAUCUGCUUAAUGUUGCAGCUCGAUUCAAAAAGAAAGGGCCAGAUUUUUAUCAAAACAUUUAUAACGACACUCAAAAAAUUGUGGGUAAACAACGGAAACGGAUUAGAUUCGCGUUUACUAGAAAACAAACAUGGGACAUUUACAUACAUUGGAUGGUAUUUCGCCUAGACAAUUCCGAACUCAAUAACCUUGCCAAUUCGUCAUAUUCUUCAGUUUCUAAAUGCUUUGCAUCGCUGCAAACCUCCUUCGAAAGUCAGAAACACAGAACAUCUUUGAAGGACGUAAUCUCGGAAUUGUAUUCGUUUUGGGAAGCACGGACGUCGCUCAUGACUUUUCUGAGUCGACAAUUUCAUAAAUGGAAGGCGAUCAUUGCUGAAGUAAACGCAGAUACAGUCCAUUAUGGUGAUAGUUAUUUUUUACGAAGAUUGCUACCUGAUGUAAAAAUUAAUAAUGAAUUCCUCAGUCUCGCAAUUUGGCUGAUGUUUCGAAUCAAUUAUCCUGAAGAUGUCGAGCUCUUUAAUGAGUAUAAUUGUACUGAACUCGCGGAUUAUGUUUACAAAUUGAAUGCAGUGUUGAAUUAUGCCUAUGAAAUGGGGGAUGCAAUGGAUAGUUCGUGGAGUAAAGUGAAUUCGUACCUGAAACGGUUUCAUGAUACUGUUACGAUUAUGAAAGAAUACGCUUUUCGUACGUUGGAAUGGGAUAUUUAUUGGAAUAAUGUCUUCAUUGGCUGGGGAACAGCAUGCUUUCAAGCCAUAUUAGAUAGUAAGCCGUUUAAUAAAACGCUUCAUGAAAUGUACAACAUUGGUACCAUGUCGCAAGAGUCGAAAGAAAACAACUUACUAUUGGUAUAGAUAGAUAGCCUACCUAAUGUGAUUAAUUUUUCCGCAUUAUGUAAGUAAUUUAAGUAUUUAUAUCCAUCCUAAUUACUCACCUUAAAAUACAAAAUUAGUUUUUUUUUGUA